AUGGUCCCCAAAACGCUGGAGACUUUCCGUAUGCCUCUGCUGCUGGUGCAGUGCCUUCUCUGCUCCAAGAACAACAUUGACCAUCCCUACUGUGAUGUUGGGCCUCUCCCAAGCCUGGCCUGUGCCGAUACAAUGCUCAUUGAGACUCUUGGCUUUCUG